GAGGCUGGACGCCGCCCCGUUACGCGGCACGCGUCCAUCGAGCCCUCCCCGCGACCCCGCCGCCACCCACGCUCCCCCUCUUCCCCUCCCUUCCGCCGCCGCGGCCGGCCGGUCCAUCCUCCGGCCCGUCUCCCCACCCCGCCCCGCCCCGGCCGACGGGAUGGCGUCGUCGGGCGGGGACGCGCCCGGACCUCCCGGUAAGCCCCUCGCUUCACCCGGCCUCUCGCUGGCGGGCGGCACGCUCUCUGUGCCCACCGAACCCGUCCCUAGCUGCGGGGACGGAUUUGUCCGCUUGCUGCUGCUGCUGCUGCUGCUGCUGGCGCGGGGGAGUAGCGAGCGCUGGCCGUACGCCACCCAUGGCUCCACUCGCUGGCCGUGUCUCCGUGUCUUUCUGUGUGUGCUAGUCCGCUGUCUGUUGCUUAUGUGCUACUAGUAUUAGGCUAAGACGGUUACUAAUAUAGCUGGACGCUCUCUUCGUUGCGAUUGCUUGCUCUCCCUGGCCUGGAUUUCCUGUCACCAGCUCUCAUCACGAGGAAGUCCUGCCACAAUUUGCCCGACUCGGAUUUCGUGCGCGUCUCUCUAGUACUGAUGCUGUUAGGAGAUUACAAUUGGGGUGUCUUGUUACAUCAUCGGUGGCUGGCUCCAUUCGCUGGCCGUGGCUGUGUGGCGCUAGUCCGUUGCCGGUUGCCUAUGUGCUCUGUUAAGCAGGACUAUUACUAGUGUAGCUGGAUGCUUUCUUCAUUGCAAUUGCUUACUCUCUCUGGCCUGAAUUUCUUGCAACCAGCUCAUCAUGAGGAAGCAUUGCCACAAUUUGCCCGAUUCGAUUUCGUCUGCGUCUCUAUAGUACUGAUGACGCUAGACGAUUAACUGGGGUGUUUUGUUAGGAGAUUUUUGGCCUUGCCUGGAAGACCCCGGAGCUGGGGCCUGUCUUCGAUUUAGCAACGGCCUCCCAAAGUGGCAGCUAUUAUUUUGUUCAUCUGGCCUUUUCACACUAGCCCAUUUUGGCAUCUCUUUUGCGAUUCUUGCGGGUUUUCUUGUAUGAUUUGUUGGAUGUGUGCGUCCUUUUCCUAUUCCAGUUGGGAAACUACAAAAAGAGGAACUUUCGACUGCGAAAUGUGGACACGAUGUAGUGAGCCUUUUCUUUGUUGCAUGAAAGGAAAUUUGGAACUUCCAACUGUGAUGGACAGGUUUUGAGUUCAUACUAACGCAAGCUUCCAUGUUUGACUUUACGGUGAUGCAAACAUAAAUAAAAGGAUGAGAUGAUUAUAUGCCCUAAAGAUUCUCACUGGAUGGAUUGAUUUGUGAACAAGACUUGCAUGAGCACCCGUGAAAUAAUGUCUCCAGAUUAUUGUGCACUAGCAGCAAAUUAAAUUACCGCGAAGCAAGUUGUACACCGUAAGAGCUCCCACAAGGUAUUAGGAUCUUAAUGCACUCGUGGAUCCUAGAUUUUGGAUAUCUGGCCCUUGUUGGUUUAAUGCCAAAAGUUUGGCAAUAUUCUAUUUUCUUUUCCUCUUAGUAUUUUUAGAACCAAGGUUGCUCAAUAAAAUGGUCUAGUUUCCUGUAUUUUGGUAUGCCGAGGUUUGGAUUGGUUGGUGUGGGUGGAUUUAGGUUAAACAGCACCUAAAUUAUGUGUGUGUGGCCUGGUGAUAAAUCUGGCCCCAAAUGAACCGGUAGUGGCCCUUUAAAACUGAAGAUUCUUGCUUUACUCCUUUCUUUGUACUUUUUAAUCAAAAGGGGAUAUAGAAGAGCCUCUCUUCGUGACCGAGCACCGCAUCUUCAAUUGGAGCGCACCUUCAUAGCCACCUCCCUUACGGCAACCAUCCUUCUCUCUCACUCGGCAGCGGUUCCUCCCCUUCCCCUUCCUCUGCCAGGAUGGCGCUGAGUGGGGAUCCGUCCAGAUCUGCUGUGGUAACAAAUGUUUCUAAUGCUGCAAGUGCACCUGAAGAAAAUAGACCUCCUUGUGGCAGCAACACCAGUUCAGAAAGUGCCCAGAAACCAUUGAGUUCUUUUCAUGAACAAGAGUCAAAUGAUGCUAGUGUUAACACAGAAAAGGAAGAACCUGGCAUUUCAAAAUGCAAAUCAGUGGAAGAAAUACCAAGAACUGUGACUGUAAAGGGGUGCAAGAACGUUGAUUCAAAGAAAGUCUUCUCAAAUAACAAUAAUAAUUCAAGCCUUGUUGGUAGCCAUGCUCAGAAAAAACAGGCAAGAAAGGGUGAGCAUCUUGUUCAACUAUGUGAAAAUGGGAUAUCUCAAGACACAAAGCCUCCUAACAUAAGGAUAUGCAUAAAUUCAGCCUGCAAAGCAGUCAUGAACUUAGAUGAUGCAUUUUGUAAGAGGUGUUCGUGUUGUAUUUGUCAUGAGUUUGAUAGCAACAAAGAUCCUAGCCUUUGGCUGGUCUGCUCAUCAGAGACUGGUGGUAGGGAUUGUUGUGGGUUAUCCUGCCAUAUUGAGUGUGCACUCCAGCACCAAAAGGUAGGAUGCACAGAACUUGGACAAUCUAUACAGCUUGAUGGUAACUACUGUUGUGCUGCAUGCGGCAAGGUUAUUGGAAUUCUUGGGUUCUGGAAAAGGCAGCUGGUAGUUGCUAAAGAUGCCCGUCGAGUUGAUAGUUUCUGUUCGCGCAUAUAUCUGAGUCAUAGACUUCUGGAUGGCACAACUCGUUUUAAAGAGCUGCAUCGGAUUGUAGAGGAUGCAAAAGCAAAGCUGGAAACUGAAGUUGGGCCCCUUGAUGGUACAUCAUCCAAGAUGGCCCGUGGCAUUGUUGGGCGGCUGUCUGUUGCUGCUGAUGUGCAGAAACUUUGCUCUUUAGCAAUUGAAAAGGCAGAUGAGUGGCUGAAGUCAAACAUUCAAUCUGAAACAAAACAAAUUGAUACACUUCCUGCUGCCUGCAGGUUUAAAUUUGAAGAUAUUACAGAUUCAUCAUUGGUGUUGGUUCUUAAGGAAGCUGUUUCCUCGCCGCACCAUGUCAUCAAAGGCUAUAAACUCUGGUACUGGAAUAGCAGAGAACCUCCAUACACAGGGGAGCCUGCUGUUUUCCCCAAAGACCAAAGAAGGAUACUGAUAUCCAAUCUGCAGCCCUGCACAGAGUACUCCUUCCGUAUUAUUUCAUUUACUGUGGAUGGUGAACUGGGCCAUUCUGAACACAAGAUCUUUACCAAGAGUGUGGAGAUCAUUCAUAAGAACAAAGAGAACAGAGCAGAAGGUUGGUCAUCUUCUGCCAAGAGAGCUGGUAAGAGUGAAAAUGGUACGUCGUCAGGCUUCCAGGUCCGCCAGCUGGGUAAUGUCUUGCGGAAGGCUGACGAGAAUGGUUACCCCAGUGCAUUGUGUAAAGAUGAGAUUGAAGAUUCAUGCGACCAGAGUGAUUCUGUAAUACUAGAAAAGGACCAGGUUCCAUGCAGUGCGUCCCACAAGCUCGAUCUUAAUGAGACCUCAGUCCCGGACCUGAAUGCAGAGGUAGUCAUGCCACCAGAGUGCUGCCAGGACGAGAACGGAUGCAGCUCAGGAAAGAACACACUGACAAAGUCCAAUGGUUGUGGCGACUCCCAGACUUUUGCCGAGGGGCAUGUAGGGGAGGCGCCGGUCAUGGAAUCCCAGUCACAGAGUCGCAAGCAGACAUCUGACCUGGAGCAGGAAACCUGUGCUGAUGGCAGCAACUUGGCAGCCGCCUCAGCUAGGCUCUUCUCCCGUAGGUUAGGCCAGUUAGAUGACAACUAUGAAUACUGUGUGAAGGUUAUACGAUGGCUGGAAUGUUCUGGACACAUAGAAAAGGAUUUCAGGAUGAAAUUCCUAACCUGGUUCAGCUUGAGAUCAACACAGCAGGAGCGUAGAGUUGUGAUCACCUUCAUCCGCACCCUCCUUGAUGAUCCCAGCAGUUUGGCCGGCCAGCUCCUGGAUUCAUUCCAGGAAAUUGUUGCUAGUAAGAAGCCAAGAACUGGUUUCUGUACUAAGCUUUGGCACUAACCGGAUUGACAAAAAAAAAACUCAAAAAGUGCUGCCUAAUACUCUAAUAUUCUUACAGUAGGGAGAAUAACUGGGAUCAUAGUGUAAUGCUAUUUUUACAUUCUGAUACAUUUGUAUAUGUAGUUAGUUUGAUGUUGCCGUGCUUGGAUAUUUGCAAUGAUUACAUGAUAUAUCGAUGAAUGUGGCGAGCAGAAUGAAAGCUAUUAUCAGGAU